AUGUCGUUCAAAGGGAAAGGGCUGAGCGGCAUGGAGCCGUUGCCUGCAAGGAGGAGGGCGGGAGAGCAGGGGCAGGGGCACGAGAGCCAUCAUUAUCUCCCUCCUAUCCAUACCUCGGCUGUCGGGGGAUCGGUGUUCCCCGAGGACGAGCAGCAGAGCAUCCCCGGGUCGCCCGUGCCAAGCAUGGCGGACGGGGAUAUGAGCGUGGUGUCGACCUCGGACCUGAUGUCCAUCGGGUUCGACAGCACCACCGACUGGAACGUCGCACACCAUCCCUCCCCCCGAGGCCCCGAGAAACGGCAGGAAGAAGCCGCAAGCACGCUUGAUCCCCUUUCAGGCCUCCUGCGACAACCGACUGAAAGAGCGCUGACGCUCCUGGUGAACUUCAUGGAAACCAACGGCAACGAUCUCACGACGUUGUCUGCCAACAAUCAUCUCAUGGCCAAGUACAAGCUGAUGAUUAAUUCCUGCAGCGAGCUCUGCACGCUUGCCCUACGACGUGAUGUACUCUCAAGAGUUUCUGCGCUGAGAUCGUUGAAGGCAAAACUUGGCACGAUGAUCGAAAGGGAAGAUUAUGCUUCUUUGUUUUCAGAACUUGAGGUGCACAGCAAGCACAUAGACGAAUUGAGAAAGCUGCGUGUGUACUUUCUGGAGAAACUUCCAGGUGUAAACUUACCCAACAUGUCAAAGAUCGAAUGUGCCAUCCAGUCUGACAUCAAUGAUACAAUAAGUACAACAGAGGAGUGUUUGUCUUUACAAUUCAAAUCACUACUUAGUGAAAAGAAAUUGAGAAAACAAAACAUCAGGGAGUUGUUGAGGUUUGUUUGCCAGCUGCAAGACCUUCGCCUGAGGCUUCGACAAAUUCAAUUAGAAUGUGACUUGCACACGGAUGAAGAGAAAGAGCGGAGAGGUACCAGAUGGCCGAGGUCUUCUCUGAACUUAUUUGAGCUGAUGACCAGAAAGGUCAACUCUCAUUCCUCAUCGAGAAAGCAGACAAGUCUGUCAGAUCUAAUUCAAAUCACUUUCGUCUUGCGAGAUCAAAUGUAUCGCCAGAGACUUGCAAGCGUGAAGUUGGACAACAAAAAUUUCCUGGGACAGGAUUGGAGGAGCAUAGCUGCUAUCCUUGAAACAAUAUUGGACGAAGAGGCUUGGUGGCCGCAGGAACUGAGCAGGUCAUACCGUGGAGGGGUUGGGUCAAGCUCGUUGUCAGAGAUUCUUCCUUUGUGCGGGUUUAUGCCCAUCGCAGCGAUGUGUGUAAGAGAAGAGUGGCAACAAGUUUGGACCGCUUGUCUCGUCACUUCAGAAGACGUGCGGAGAAGUCUUGUGAGUGCGGCAGUGGCGGACAGGAUAGGACAUCACUUGGCAGAGGAACACUACACGUUGACCCUGUGGAACGUCGGAUGGAAGCCCUCAAGCGCUCUCGUGCGAACCGACCAUGACGAAGAUCACCAUGGAACGCUUAACUUCUCGUUUCAAAGGUCACUUUCCGACAGCCUCGACAGCCACCGACUCAACUUCCCAACCUCGAGGUAUCAGGCGUCCAAUGUCCUGGUGGACAACUUGCUCUGGAGCUCCUCGCUUGGGCUGAUGCAUGCUGUGCGAAAGGAAGUGACGCGUGACGAGAGAGUGAAGAUCAACGAUGGGACAGAGAUGGGAUCGGUGGGGUAUCACGCCCUCGUUUUCUUGGAUACAGUGUCAAGCUUGGUGCAGUGCGAUCUUCGACUUUCUGUGCGAAUGCGGUCAUGUGUCAUGUCUCGCCUUCAUGUGAUGAUGUCCUUUCUCCUCUCGUGGUACUCCCAGCAGAAGAACCAUUACCCUCGCAGCCGCUCCCUCAAGUUUCUCUUCCUCCUCUACGGUGACCUCACCAAGAUUUCCCUUGGAUAUGAGUCACUCUCAGCCCAGCUCUCGGCUCAGCUCAAAGUGCAGCUCAGCAUGGGGCAGGCCAGUGCUGCUGGGCCGCAGCCCAGCGAAAGAUUUGCAACGGAGAGGUUGGAGACGAUCGCUAACGGAUGCCGUAAACUUCUAUCACACUCCUCAGAAUUCUUGCUGGAAAUGAUUCGUCAGGCAGCUCAGCCCCUCCUAGACCUGAAAGGAGCAGGUGAAUGGGCGACAGGUCGCAGCAGGGACGGUCCAAGCAUGUACAUGGAGCGUCUGGUUUCAGACUUGCUCUCGCCUGCCAUGGAGACCCUCUACUUGCUGCCAGUCGAAGCGACCCAGGCAGUGCAGGAGCUUGGGCCGCGCAUCGUGGACGCAGUGAUCGAGAGCCUGCUGACCCACCUGUUGAGAACCAAGGCUCGGAUCGCCCCUCAGGGCGCCAAGAAACUCGAGAUGGACGGAGAGUUUGUGAAGAACUGGCUGCUGACUGCAAACGAAGUUCCACCAUGUCUCGAUGGGAGAUCUCUUGUCAACCUUGCUGUCUUCCAGAGGUUUGCCAGGGUUCUGGAGCUGCUCAUUCCUUCCCGUCUCCUCAAGGAAACAGUGAACAACAGCCCAUUACCCGACCGAGGCGAGUGGGUUGCUCGGCGAUCGAGGACCAAGCGAGGCUUGUUCUGCUAG